AUGGCUGAUGAUGAGGAUUAUGCAGGAGAUGAUUUUGCCGAUGAUGAGCCCAUGGAUGAUAUUGCCGAGAUUGAGCAAGAAAACGAAGAUGCUGAUGGAGAGAACAUAGAACUGCUCGAGGCGGACAAAGGAAUUGCCUCAACGGAUCGUGUCACAACACCUUUUAUGACCAAAUACGAAAGAGCAAGGAUUUUGGGCACUCGGGCGCUGCAGAUUGCCAUGGGCGCUCCGGUCAUGGUGGAGAUCGAAAGCGAGACGGAUCCGUUGGAAAUCGCCAGAAAGGAGCUGAAGGCCCGGAAGGUGCCAAUCAUUGUUCGUCGAUACCUCCCCGACGGUUCUUUUGAAGACUGGUCCGUGGAUCAACUUUCCAUCACCGAUCUA